UGUUAGUUAAAUUUGUUGGUUGGCGUAGAUGUCAGCAGUCCAUUCUGUUGUGUCUAGAUUCAAGACUUGCCGCACUGAAGGUAAAAUUUACCUGCAUCAUCUUCAUCCAUUGACCCCGGCGGACAAUUUUUGUUGCAUUCUGUUUAGCAUCUACCGUGGCGCUAUUUUGCUGUUGUCAUUCCCAUGAUUUUGAUUUAUUUCCCGAAAUCAGCACUCAGAGCUAAAAAGAUAUUUUUAGCAGUUUCAGUGACAAAUAUUUCACUGAUAUGGUUGCUCUUUAUUCACCUUGACGAUCUCAAUUCAAGCACAUCUUCUAGAAUGAACGAAUUAGUCAAUCGAAGAAAUAAAACUAUUUUGAUAUGGAACAACCCCGAAAUUCUGGACACUUCUACCUUCGGCGAAGGACACGAACCUUUCAUCGAGCAUCAAUGUCAAGUUUCCGAUUGCAUAGUUUACUACAACUAUUCGUCUUUGCCCCUCGAAGAUUACGACGCCAUUUUAAUCCACAUGCACGAAUUGAACAAAACUCAAAUGCCAACGUUUUCUCGACGCAAACACCAGCGCUUUGUGUUUCUAACGCAAGAAUCGCCCGACGCGAUGACCACUCUCAACGUCACGACAAUGGGCAACGUGUUCAACUGGACAAUGAGUUAUAAAUUCAAUUCAGAUAUUCAAAUGCUUUACGGACGCAUCCGUCCGAGAUCAACAGCUCCAAAUAAUCCGAAAGACAUGCUGCAAAGGAUUAGAGAAACACAAUUGCCUAAAAAUUAUGCGGCCAAUAAAACUCGACUAGUAGCUUGGAUGGUAUCCCAUUGUGAAACACCUGGCCAAAGAGAGAGAUACGUCGCCCAGUUGAGAAAAUUUAUUCCCGUCCACAUUUACGGUGCCUGUGGCAAUUUCAAGUGCCCUCAAAGCAGCAUUUACCGUUUCAUUUCCGGUCCGGAAUGUUACGCGAAACUGGAAUCCAAGUAUAAAUUCUAUUUAUCUUUUGAAAAUUCCAUUUGCAAUGAUUACGUCACUGAAAAGUUUUUUGAGGCAAUGAAUCGUCGAUUGAUACCCAUCGUCUACGGCGGUGCCAAUUAUAGCCAAUUCGCCCCUGUUCAUUCCUACAUUGAUGCACUGGAAUACAGUCCAGAAGACUUGGCCAACUAUUUAAAAAUCCUAGAUGCGAAUGACACGCUGUACAACGAAUUUUUCUGGUGGAAAGAUCACUACGAGGUGGAGAGUCAUAUAACGCAAAUGAGUCGGCACAGUUUCUGUGAUUUGUGCAAAAAACUUCACCACGAUGAAGGGCCUAGGCACUUUUUUAAUGGCGGCGGCUCACGCUCGUUUCCAACUCGAACUGAAGUCCUUCGAGUGUUCCAAUAGAGGGCGUCUACAAUGAUUCCCCACGUGACUUUUACAUGGAGUUUUCGUUCAAAAAAUUGUCAGUUGAAAUUGUGGCUUUGAGUGGAUGUCUGCAGUCCACCCGUUUGUGUCUAGCUGAAAGCCUUUCCACACUGAAGCCUUCAUCCUGAUACCGUCCGCCAUGUUAACACAACGAAGAUCUAAAAAGACGAUUUUUAUUCAAGAACUUCAUUCUCAACGAAAGAACUAGUUAAUCGGAGAAAUAAGACUAUUUUGAUAUGGAAUGGUCCGGAAAUUCUGGAUACUUCUACCUUCGGCGAAGGACACGAACCUUUCAUCAAGCG